CCUACACAGCGCACUUGAGAGGUCAACAGCCGUUUGUGACUGAGAGGACAGAUGGACCUGUACCGCGGGAACAGGUGAGCAGCCAGCCUCCUGGAGGCGUCCUACAGAAUAUUUCUCUUUGUCCCAAACACAUUUCCUAUCGUGCCCAGGACGACGGGACGCCGUUAGUCUCGAGCCCUGUCCAGCGCCAUGAUCAGCUGACGGAGACAUCUGCUCGGUACGCUCGUAAGAUUUCUGGCACCACAGCGCUGCAGGAGGCUCUGAAGGAGAAGCAGCAGCACAUCGAGCAGCUACUAGCAGAGCGAGACCUGGAGAGAUGUGAGGUCGCAAAGGCAACCAGCCACGCAGGAGAGGUGCAGCAGGAGCUGACUCUGCUGAGGAAAGGGAGGGAUCAGUAUGCAGUGGAGAUGGAAGCAAAGUUGGAUCAGCUACGUUCGCUGGUGGAGGCAGCAGAUCGAGACAAGGUGGAGCUGCUCAACCAGCUGGAGGAGGAGAAGAGAAAAGUGGAAGAUCUGCAGUUUCGUGUGGAAGAGGCAUGCAUCACCAAAGGAGACCUGGAGACGCAGACCAGACUGGAGCAUGCCCACAUAAAGGAGCUUGAGCAGAGUCUGCUCUUUGAAAAGACCAAAGCUGAAAAACUCCAGAGGGAUUUAGAGGACACUAGGGUGGCCACGGUGUCUGAGCGCUCCAGGAUUAUGGAGCUGGAGAGGGAGGUGGCAGACCUCCAGCUCAGGCUCCGGGCAUCCCAGCAGAAGGAGGAUGCUGCGUCUCUGUCCCAGCAACAGAUCAGCAGCCUCAAAGCCCAGGCACAGUCUCAGGAGAAAAAGAUCAGUGAGCUGAGUGUCGACGUGGAAAGCAAACAGAAAGAGCUUCAGUCUCUGCAGCAAGAUAAGAGCUCUCUGGAGCUGCAGCUAACCAGCCUGAGAAAAACGCUUGAGAUAGCUGAGGAGGAGAACAGGAGUGCAGCAAAGAACAUGCAAGAAUUGGAGCAGAGUGUGGAGCAGGCAAAGAAAGACUACCAAACCUUGAAAGAGGAGAGUCAAUGCAAAGAGAAAGAGCUGACACAGGCUAUUGAAAAGUCAGAGAUGACGAAGCUGUCGCUUGAACAGCUGACCAAUGAGAAGAAGACACUUGAGACACAGCUCGAGGCUUUGAAACAGCAGAACUCCAAAUACCAAGAAGAGCUCAGCUUGACGAAGGAGCGGAGCAGCUCAGAAAACCAGCGCAUCGGAGUUCUCUGCAAGGAAAUUGAGGAGCUGAAGCUGGCCUCCCAGAAGUCUCAGCAUCUUGAGGAGCACAAUGAAGACCGUAACAGUCAACAGCCAGACAUGAAGACCAGGUAA